AUGGAGAUCCCAACUUGGAAAUGGGAAGUGAUUAAUAUGGAUUUCAUUACUGGAUUGCCCCAUUCUUAUCACAAGUUUGAUUCUAUUUGGGUGAUCAUAGAUAGGUUGAACAAAUCAGCCAAUUUCUUGCUAGUCAAGACCACUUACACUACUGAAGAUUAUGCCAAGCUGUACACUAAGGAGAUUAGGCGCUCAGUUUAUGACAAACUUCUAGAAGUCUUUCCAGAAAGGUCUAGGCACUCAGUCGGAGAAGCAAGUUUGUUUGGGCUAGAUCUUGUUCAUAAGGCUAGUGAAAAGAUAAAGCUUAUUCAGGAACGGUUACAUACAGCUCGGAGUCGUCAGAAAUCUUAUGCAGAUGUACGACAACGAGAAUUGGAAUUUCAGGUAGCUUAUGAACUGGAGCUACCAUCAGAACUACAAGCACUCCAUCCAGUCUUCCAUGUAUCCAUGUUGAGGAAAUGUAUUGGAGACCCCUCCAUAAUCGUACAAGUUAAUGAUAUACUAGUCACAGAGAACCUGUCCUACAAGGAAGAACCAAUUGUUAUCCUCGACAGACAGGUUCGCAGACUUAGAACCAAAGAUGUCGGUAAAGGUUCUGUGGAGAAGCAAGGAUAG